AUGGCGGAUAAAGGGUCGGAUAUUACACCUAAGCAUGUCCAUACCAUCAUCAACAACAACCGUGCUGGGUUUCGAGAUUUAAUCAUGGAAAUUUUCGGCAUUCGAGAGAGAGAAAUAAGCAUUUCCGUGAAUGAUGCCAAUUACAGCGUCGAAAAGUGUACAGACCAGUCCACCGUUAAGUUAACCAGUUUGACCUCUAUGAAGGUAAACCUGGUGAUUUCGCAGGAGAAAUGGGAAAGCAUAAAACCCCACAAGAAAUUAUAUGGUAAUCGCGUGUAUUGGAAGUUACGAGAAGGGUGGGCAGAUGUGGUCGCUGAAGCUUUGUGGGUGCAGCAUCAUUUAGACUGUGUAUUCACGUUCAAAAAUCACAACGUGUACCGAACUUUAAUUUCAAAAUUUUUUUUAACUAUUGAAGGGUAUUGCUGCGAAUGUCAUGCAAAGAUAUGGUGCACAUUGAUAAAAGAGCCACCGAAAGGAGUCGAUGUUAUACUCCAAUGCAGCAUCGAUGGUAUUAGACCCGAAUCCCAUUCAGGAAAGAAAAGAAGGCAGUUGAGAGGAGCUCGUCGCCUUAAAGUUGCAGACUAUCUCAUCGAUGGCUGUAAAGAUGCGGUGACAUGGCGACGAAAAGAAGCUGGACGGAUAAAGAAAUUCGGAGGUAAAAAUCCACCGAUUUUACCGAGCAAUGAAGUCGUGCGAAAAGCCAAAGAACAGCGAUUGUUAAAUAAAUACGGAUUAAAAUUCGGAAACCCUGCAUUAAAUUUAUUGAACAGCGCUGAACACGGUAAGUUGGUAGGUUCUAUUCAAUCCGUCGGGGUGUAUCGCUUCAACUGUAUGUAUUGGCUACCUGAACAACUCCAAAUAUAUAUCUCUCGUUGCCGAAAUGAUCCUAACGCAACGUUAGCAAUUGAUGCUACGGGUGGUAUUGCUAAGCGCGAUAAGUCGGAGAAGCCGCACAUAUUUUUAUAUCAGUGUGUGCUUGUGACGAAAGACGGUAGCGUGCCAACUUUUCAGAUGGUUUCAGCCGAUCAAAGAUCGAUUAUCGUCGCUGGUUUUUUGAGCCACAUUCUCGCUGCAAAUGCUCCCAUCCCGCCGAUUGUUGUGACCGAUUUUGGGUGGUCUUUAUUGAUUGCGGUAGCGCGAAUAUUUGGGCAAUGCGCAAGCUUGAAUGACUAUUUGCAGAAGUGCUAUGAUGCUAUUAGAAAUGAGGCAACAUCGCUACCACCAACAUUCAUGCGAUUAGACGUAUGUCAUCUAGCAUCAAUGAUUACGCGAUGGCCCUGUUUGAAAGGGAAAGAUAAGUCUUUAGUACGACGAUUUUAUAAACGAUGCAUUGGCAAAGCUUGCCAAAUUUCGAAUCUAGAAGAUUUAUAUUACUUUCUAGAAUCGGUUCUCGUCGUUGCGCUCAGUAAAUUUAUUGGGUCCGGACCAGAUGGCGAACUGUUACCGUCGGUUGAUCGUCUCCGUUUCUUGAACAAUAAAAUAAAAGGGCUAGAAACGGUGUACGAUGACGACGAAGCUACAGUGCAAAGCGACCAAGAAGGUGGUGAUAAUACUGACGAGGCACCGGAUUCAAAUCCGGAACAAAAUCUGGUCAACGAAGGCAUGCACAAACCUGGCUGGAAAUCAUGGUGUAAUACAUUGUACGAAUCCGCAGUUGAAAUCGCUGAUCAGUCAUCGAAAGGUGACUUGAUUAAUGCAUGUUACAGUAGCGAUUUCGCUAAAAGGCUGAAAACACAACUUCUUCCAUACGUACCACUGUGGACCGCAAUCAUGGUGCCUAUUUUCGGUAGAGGUUCGCUAACCGCUACCUCCGCCGCAGUAGAAUCCGAAUUUGCAGACUUGAAAAACCGUGAGUUUAGGGGCGAAAUUCCGAUGCGCAUUGACAGAUUCGUCAUACAACAUCUCGAGCGAAUCGACGAUAAAAUAAAGGAACGCUGCAAGACAACGGAUUUUUUACUACAAAGCCAAGAUAAAUUAUCAACAGCCCUGGAUAAUGCCGACCUCAAUAAAUCUAUAGGAGCUCAAUCCAUCCAAGCUGAAGAGCCGUUAAGCAGCAUUGAAAUUGACAAUACCUCGUUUGACGUGACUGGCUAUAACGUAUGCAGCACUCCAAACAUCUCAAUCUCCUCCAUCCUGUCCAGAAUACCUAGUCCCGAGUUAAAAGUGGAAAAUAUCAUCCCUAUAGCCCAUUCUUCAAAGAUCAUCAAGGAUGCGGAGCACGAAACGACCCAGUUUUCCAGGAUCGAACAAAAUUUAUCUGAUAACGAUUGGAACGUUUGUGAGGACUGGCGAGGAUUGAAUAAGAACCUGAAACGGAAAAAUGAAACUGAUGAGUCUAUGGUCAAAAAACGAACGAGGCCGACAUGUUUGGAUAACUGCCCUGAGUGGGAUUUCAUAAAACACUCAAAAACUGCCCAUGCGCCGGUUCUUUUGAACGGAAAUAUCACAGGAUCAGUGCGUUUAAAUAAUCAAAAUUUGAAUGUUACUUCAACCUGUGCUUUCGAUUCAAUUUUUCAGGUUGUUCUCAGCGGGCUGUUGGCAAAUACAGUUUACUCCGAGAGGUUAAAAUCAUCAGACUGUCCUAUCGUCAAUCUAGCACAAAGUGUCAACGAUAAAAAGAAGAUAUUGCGAGAACAUUAUGUCCAACGUGCAAAAAUAUUGACAUGUAUUUCCAUCUUUCAAGACAAAGUCACGGCCUAUACGAGAAAUAUAGUGCGUUUAGAUGUCGAGUGCAAUGCUGCUCAUCUAGCGCAAUAUCUCUUUGAAAAAGAACCAAGCUAUACGUCUAGCGUCGAAUGUUCGUGCGGAUAUAGUAACCAGCAAAAGUCUAUAUUCAUAAAUGUUAAUGUUGAUACCAUACUGUGUCGCGGCCUGCAUUUAAUGCAGCAAGCAAUCGAAGAUUGUAUAACAAUGGAGAGAUCUUGCUUCAACUGUAAAAGAAAAAUACGUUGCGUAUAUAAAUAUGGGUCACACCUGGUAGUCGACACUACCGUAUUCAGUGAUCCUGGCUAUCCCAAUCGCAACAACAUAGUUGUUCCCAGGUUGGAUUCUAUAAAAAAAAUCAUAGAAGUCGGUGGAAUGACAUAUAUGCUAGCUGCUGUUGUUCAUUACAAUUUAGACCAAAAACAUUAUGCUACGUAUGGCUUAACGGGCGAAUUUUGGUUCAAAUAUGACGGCCUCAUCAAAAAGCGCGCAUCAGCAAAUCUAAAUACUAUUAUAACUCCGCAUCUCAUUGUUUACGCAAUAUGCAGUGAAUGUUAA